AACACCCGUCGCAAUGCGAGAUUUCACAACCAUGACCGCGCAGGAGCGCCGCCUAGCGGUUUUACUGUUCGCUCUGGGUGCACUUGUCUGGACGGUCCACUCCGCAGCCGAGCUGUGUCAGCGUGACGUCAUGUGUUUCUGUGACACCCGUCAGUCAGCCGUGCGCUGCUACGACAAGACUGUCAACUUUACAACCAUGCUCUCGGUGGUGCCGAACGGUACGAACCACGUGUUCGUCACCUUCUCGAACAUGACGAGGUUCAGCGGCGGGACAGGUAGCUACCCGCCCGGUCUGCUGUGGCUGGAGCUCCCGCUGAACAACAUCACCGCCGUCACCCCCGGGGCCUUCCUCGGGCUGGGUAGGCUCAUCAAGCUGAGGCUGUCCGCCAACAAACUCUCGUCUCUCUCACGUGGGAUUUUCACGGGAAUGCCGAGCUUGGAGAGGCUGGAGGUGUGGGGUAACGUCAUCACCAUGGUGUCAGACGACACGUUUGACGACCUGAGGAACCUGACACACCUGGAUUUCCAGAUAAACAACCUGGUCUCCGUCCCCUGUGCCGCCUUCCGACCACUCUCCGAACUACAGGACCUGCGUCUUUCCCGCAACCCGCUCACACGCAUCCCUCCCAAAUGUUUCUCAAAACUCAAGUCGUUAGAAGUUUUGCAUCUCAAGAAUAUGGAGCUGACAUUCUUGGCCAAAGACACCUUCUUUGGGCUUGAAAGACUUGAGAUGGUAGCUCUUGGGUGGAACAACAUUCACUCUAUAGAUGACAAGGCGUUUAGUUGGCAUCCGAACCUUCAGUCUAUAUCACUCAACUACAACAAUCUCAGCUUCGUUCCCAAAACUGUUUGGGGAAAUCUUUCUACCCUUGCGGACUUGGAUUUGACCUUUAACCCUAUUCGUACGCUGAGCUCGGAUACCUUCGCUCCUUUAAAAACGAUCGCUCGGCUCCGCCUCGCCAACGCCGAACUUUCCCGAAUACACGACGAUGCCUUCCGAGGGUUGGACGAGAUCGUCGAGCUUCGGUUGGAGAAUAACGAGCUACAGACGCUACCGGAGAGCCUGUGUGGUUUGAUUUCUAACACGGUGAUGCUCGCUGGAAACCCGUGGUCGUGCGAUUGUCGUCUGCGGGGACUAAAAGCUUGCGACACCGGCGGCUUCGAUGAGCGUAUCGUUUGUGAGUCGCCGCAGUCGCUUGAAAACACGAAGCUUUCCGAUGUGCCGGCAGGAGACUUGGUCUUGCAAUGCCUGAGUCCUUCCAUACAAACCUCAACAAGGCACAUGAUGGUAAGGGAGGGGGAAAGAGUUGAGCUUGUUUGUAAUGCCACAGGAUUUCCAGAACCAGAGUUGCAGUGGCUGCGGUUAACGAAAGGACAGGGACAGAAAGUGAUGGAAGGGGGUUCUUUCACCCUCUCCGCCUUUAGUCGGAACGACUCGGGCGUCUACAUCUGCACGGCGAGCAACUACGUUGGCAAGGACUUCGUGAUUAUCCACCUUUCUGUGUCACACUCAGGAGCGCCUCCUGCUGACUCCACGAGGAACGACAUAGACAAGAGGAUGACCACAGCAGAUUCGUUCACAACGACCACCAGAGCCAACUCUUAUACAGGGAACCCCAAAACUGGGAACAUUGAAGAAAGCGACACGAAAAUCACCGACACAUCCCUACAGUUGACUCCUCGCUCAAGAGAGCUGACCCCCCGCGAAGAAAGUUUGACCCCAAAGACAGGACGUCCGGCCGACGCGUCAUGUGGCGCUGAUGACCCUGGGUAUGUGAUACUCCAGGCUGUGGUGACGACUGCAGUGACCAGCAUUCUCGGGACCAUGAUACUGUGUGGCAUCUCCUCUUGGCUUUUAAAGUGGUGCAGACGAAAACAGGUGUGUUCAAGAUUUCUUAGAUUAAAAGCAGCAACAUAUGUGUCCAUCUGUGAUCAUUCCUGGCAGCUAGAGUUUAAUAUAAUGUUGAUGAUCCACUUUCCUUCGGGACACGCCAGGUCUCUCCAGGUCAAGCUCACGUCCUUCGUCCCCAGAAGAACCGAGCGGCCAUCUCCAAAGGAGCUCCAUCGCCUUCCCAUGAGCCACCUGGAGCUGAGCAACCGUCACACGCACAGCACUAUGGACCUGCUGGCACCCUCCCUGGCUAAACAUCCCCGCAGGGGAAUGGCACUGACCAACGUAGCCUUCCCCACAGAUAGAGUGUGA